CGUCCCCACCCGUUGCCGGGAUACACUGAGCUACUUGGCCUCUACUAGUUGAUACUAGUUGAGCCUGAGGGCUCAAGAAAGCUGCUGGUGUGAGUGGGUAGUCACGAGUCGGCGAACACGUCGGUGGUGGAGAUGACUGGUGAGCUCCGCUGUGGUGCGACCCAGAGUCUUGUGACCUCCCUCAUUCGGUGCUGACAGAGUGAUUAAAGUGAACAAGCAAUGGCUAGUAAUCACAAACCUUCAGCAGCUCGCCCUGUUUCACGAGGUGGAAUUGGGUUGACAGGAAGGCCUCCUUCUGGAAUAAGACCCCCGUCAGGAAAUAUUCGAGUGGCAACUGGAAUGCCACCUGGAACAGCAAGACCAGGCUCUCGUGGUGGCCCCAUAGGGACUGGUGGAGUUCUGUCUUCUCAGAUUAAAGUUGCAGAUCGUCCUGUAACACAACAAGGUUUGAGUGGAAUGAAAACUGGAAUUAAAGGUCCCCAGAGGCAAAUUUUAGACAAAUCUUAUUAUCUUGGGCUUCUUCGAAGUAAAAUAAAUGAACUUACGACAGAAAUUAAUAAACUUCAGAAAGAAAUAGAAAUGUACAACCAAGAAAAUUCAGUAUAUUUGUCGUAUGAAAAGCGAGCUGAGACUUUAGCUGUCGAAAUCAAAGACUUUCAAGGACAACUAGCAGACUACAACAUGUUGGUAGAUAAACUUAAUACCAAUACUGAUAUGGAAGAAGUAAUGAAUGAUUACAACAUGCUUAAAGCUCAAAAUGAUCGAGAAACACAAAGUAUGGAUAUCAUAUUCACUGAAAGACAAGCGAAGGAGAAACAAAUUCGAAGUGUAGAAGAGGAGAUUGAACAGGAAAAGCAAGCAGCAGAUGGCAUUAUCAAAAAUAUGUCUCCUGAAAAACAAAUCAAGUACAUAGAAAUGAAAACCACAAAUGAGAAAUUAUUACAGGAAUUAGAUAUACUUCAGCAACAACUAGAUUCACUAAACAUGAAAAAAGAGAGCCUAGAAGCUGAAAUAGCACACUCCCAGGUAAAACAAGAGGCUGUAUUGCUGCAUGAAAAACUUGAUGAGUUAGAGUCCCAUCGAGAUCAAAUGAUUGCUGAAGACAAAAGCAUGGGAUCUCCAAUGGAAGAGAGAGAGAGAUUACUUAAGCAGGUAAAAGAAGAUAAUCAGGAAAUAGCUAGCAUGGAGAGACAGUUAACAGAUUUAAAAGAAAAAAUAAAUCAAUUUAAUGAAGAAAUUAGACAACUUGAUAUGGACUUAGAAGAACACCAAGGUGAAAUGAAUCAGAAGUACAAGGAGCUUAAAAAAAGGGAAGAAAAUAUGGACACUUUUAUUGAGACUUUUGAGGAAACGAAAAGUCAGGAACUGGAACGGAAGGCACAGAUAGAAGCCAGCAUUGUUGCACUUUUGGAGCACAGUAGUCGGAAUAUAAAUCGUAUGAAACAGGUAUCCUCUAUCACCAAUCAAGAGCUGAAGAUAAUGCAGGAUGAUCUCAAUUUUAAAUCUACUGAAAUGCAGAAAUCACAAAGUACAGCUAGGAAUUUGACUUCAGACAGUCAACGUCUACAAUUGGAUCUACAGAAAAUGGAGCUCCUGGAAAGUAAGAUGACUGAAGAACAACAUUCUCUAAAAAGCAAAAUUAAGCAAAUGAUAAUGGAUAUAGAGACAUUUAAUGAUUUGCCAACUUUAAAAUCAUCAGGUGAAGAAAAGAAAAAGAAAUUACAUCAGGAAAGAACAGUAUUGUCAACCCGUAGAAAUGCCUUCAAGAAAAUAAUGGAGAGGCUAAACACAGAACAUGAGACACUGAAAACACAAUUGCAAGAAAAUGAGACACAUUCUCAGCUUACAAAUUUGGAGAGGAAGUGGCAACACCAUGAACAAAAUAAUUUUGUGAUGAAAGAAUUCAUAGCAACUAAGAGUCAAGAGAGUGAUUACCAGUCAAUUAUGAAGAAUGUGACCAAGCAGAUUGCAGAGUACAAUAAAACCAUCAUGGAUGCUCUACAUAGCAUGAGCAGAAACUGAGUCUGAACCAACUGCAAGUCUUCAAAGAAGUAUCCUGUUUCUGUUAAACUUUAUACAAGCUGAAUACAGAAAAAAAAGUCUUACCUAAGAUUUUUGAAUGCUCUAACUUUUGUGGCCUGCUUCAAGAGUGAUGUUUUAAAUAUAAUAGUUUAAUAGUUCAAUAAAUGAUUUGCAUAGGAUAAGUA